AUGGCCACCCAAACCCGACCACAAAAGAAGUGGUACAAGCUCCAAUGGUACUCCGAUGCGGAUAGCCCCGAAGAUCGCAGGUUGAUCAACAAGCUAGACUUGUUGAUCGUACCAUAUGCCGUCCUCUCGUAUUGGGUAAAGUACCUUGAUCAGUCUAACCUCAAUAAUGCUUAUGUCGCCGGUCUCAAGGAGGACCUUGGCUUCAAGGGCAAUGAGCUGGUUCAUCUCCAAACGUUCUACAUUAUUGGCGCGGUGACGGGACAGAUCCCUUUCAUGUUCCUGUUCACCUAUAUUCCCAUGCAAUGGACCAUCCCCGCCUUGGAUGUUCUGUGGGGUGUUUUCACCCUGCUGCAAUACAGGGUUCAUAGCUAUGCUGAGCUGGCAGCCUAUCGAUUCCUCGUCGGGUGGUUCGAAGCUGCAUUCUUCCCCGCAAUGCACUAUGUUUUCGGAUCCUGGUAUCGGGGUGAUGAAAUCGCUCGACGUGGAGGCAUUUUCUACGUCGGUCUCUCUCUAGGAACGCUUACUUCGGGUCUCAUCCAAGCCGGCGCAUCUGCCAGGCUAGAUGGUGUCAACGGCCUUGCUGGCUGGAGGUGGAUGUACAUUAUUUGUUCAAUCAUCACUAUUCCCAUCGGUAUCCUGGGAUACUUUGUUAUUCCUGGAACUCCCGAGCAUCCCAACCGCCUGACCCUGAAGCAGGAAGAUGUAGACCGGGCAGCUGCGAGGUUGAAGCGUGCUGGCCACACAUCUCAUGGAAAGUUCAAAUUCCCCAACUUGAAAAAGCUGCUGCUUCGACCUCAGUUCUGGGCCAUCAUUUUGGUUGACGUCUUGUUCUGGAAUGCUGGAGUUCACACCAGCACUGGCACGUUCCUCUUGUGGAUUAAGAGUCUUGGUCGAUAUUCCCAAGCUCGUAUCAACGAAUUGGGUACGAUCGCUCCCGCACUCGGAAUUUUCUACACUCUUUUCAUUUGCUUCGCCUCAGACUUGGUUCUCGGGCCGGCUUGGGCAAUCACCUUGUCACAUACCUGGAACAUCAUCGGUCUCAUUAUCCUCACCAUCUGGAACGUGCCUGAAUCUGCACUCUGGUUUGCGUAUGCAACAAUCUACUCCUCAUACGCCAUGUCCAGUGUGUUCCACGGAUGGGUCAACACACAACUUAGAUCUUCACCAGCCGAAAGGUCGUUUACACUUGUUCUCAUCAACGCCAUUGCUCAAUCCAGCACCGCAUGGACUCCUUUGCUCGUCUUCCGCACAGUUGAGGCCCCUCGGUUCCGUAAGGGAUUCCCCUUCGCACUUGCUUGUGCUAUAUUACUCAUCGUUGCCACCCACGCCCUUCGUUUGUACCUCAAGAAACGGGAUCCCGGAGUUGACAAUCCCACCGGUUUUAUUGAUGAAGAGGUUGAACCCAAGGCGGACGGCGGCGAGACUGGAUUUAGUCCUGCGGCGAAACGGCAGGGCAAAGCCGACGACUCGAGCGAGUGA